GAGAUUAACGACACACAAAUUGCGUUAGACCAAGAACAGGAGACAAGAUUACAAUGUCUGGAGAAACAGCUGCAGAAGUUAUCUAAGGCACAAGACAGAAUUAAAGAAGAGAUGGAAUCUCAGGUAGAGCUGACAGAAAAACUGGUUCACGUGCCUGAUCAGCUGGAGUCUGUGAAAGAAAAGCUCGAUGUAUUCGAUGCUAGAAUUGGUAGAAUCAUGGAUGACUGCAGCAACAAGCAUCAGGAUAUAGAACAUGUAACACGUGACCUGGCAGACAAGGUCAUGGCUAACACAGAAACUAUCAAGGUCAUAUCUGUAGAUCAAGAUCAGAAAACGACCAUGUUGAGAGAACUGGAGACAAGAAUGCAGACAUUGGAAGCAGACAAUGGGAGAAAUGUGGAAGAUAUCCAGAAACAGGUUGAGAAAGGGGAGACAAAUUUCCAGAUCAUGUGUCAGAUGUUAAGCGAUCGACUGACUCCCCUAGAACAACUUAGAACUUGUCUCAAUGAAAAAGCCAGCACGCGAGAUGAGAAUAUCAAACAG